AUGGAUUACCGCGGGGGGCACGGUAACGACUACGAUGGCCAUAAUUUGCAGGACCUUCCUCCUGGCUCUGGCAGAGGAUACCAAAUGCAGCCUCAAGAAGAGGGCCAUGACGAGGCCGGCCAAUCUCUGUUGAGAGACGACGGCCCAACUUCCUACGCGAGCCACCUGGGACCUGCCGAGACUCCUGGCCGUCCCGUUUCCGCAUACUCUCUCACAGAAUCAUACGCUCCCGGCGCUGGCGCGCGGACACCAGUCCCCGGUGAGGCGGCCUUUUCCACUGGCUACCGCUCCGAGCUUGACUCUGGUGACGGCGGCUUUGGUUAUGGACGUCCCGCUUCCACCGUGGGCGACGCCGAGGACAGCUGGGUUCGCCGACAGCAGCCCGGUGGUCCAGGUGGUGGUCUGAAGCGUUACGCGACCCGUAAGAUCAAGCUCACUCAGGGCUCCGUCCUGAGCAUUGACUACCCCGUACCCAGUGCUAUCAAGAACGCUGUUCAGCCCAAGUACCGCGAUGUCGAGGGAGGCAGCGACGAGUUCCACAAGAUGCGCUACACCGCCGCGACCUGCGACCCCAACGACUUCACUCUCAAGAACGGUUACGACUUGCGCCCCAGAAUGUAUAACCGCCACACUGAGCUUCUCAUUGCCGUCACCUACUACAACGAAGACAAGGUGCUUCUGUCCCGUACCCUCCACGGUGUCAUGCAGAACAUUCGCGACAUCGUCAACCUCAAGAAGUCUACUUUCUGGAACAAGGGUGGCCCCGCUUGGCAGAAGAUUGUCGUCGCCCUCGUUUUCGACGGUCUCGACAAGACCGACAAGAACGUCCUGGACGUUUUGGCUACCAUUGGUGUCUACCAGGAUGGUGUCGUGAAGAAGGACGUUGACGGCAAGGAGACGGUCGCUCAUAUCUUCGAGUACACCACCCAGUUGUCCGUCACCCCCAACCAGCAGCUCAUCCGCCCCGUCGACGAUGGCCCGUCGACUCUGCCGCCAGUCCAGUUCAUCUUCUGUCUGAAGCAGAAGAAUACCAAGAAGAUCAACUCUCACAGAUGGCUCUUCAACGCCUUCGGCCGCAUCCUGAACCCCGAAGUUUGCAUUCUCAUCGACGCCGGUACCAAGCCCAGCCCUAGAUCGCUUCUCGCGCUCUGGGAAGGCUUCUACAACGACAAGGAUCUCGGCGGUGCUUGCGGUGAGAUUCACGCAAUGUUGGGUCGGGGCGGCAAGAAAUUGCUCAAUCCUCUCGUCGCCGUCCAGAAUUUCGAGUACAAGAUUUCCAACAUUCUGGACAAGCCUCUCGAGUCCUCUUUCGGAUACGUCUCCGUGUUGCCCGGUGCUUUCUCCGCCUACCGCUUCCGUGCGAUUAUGGGUCGCCCGCUUGAGCAGUACUUCCACGGUGACCACACGCUGUCCAAGAUUCUCGGAAAGAAGGGUAUCGAUGGAAUGAACAUUUUCAAGAAGAACAUGUUCUUGGCCGAGGAUCGUAUUCUCUGCUUCGAACUGGUCGCCAAGGCUGGCCAGAAGUGGCACUUGUCCUACAUCAAGGCCGCCAAGGGUGAGACUGAUGUGCCCGAAGGCGCUCCCGAGUUCAUCUCCCAGCGUCGUCGUUGGCUCAACGGUUCUUUCGCUGCCUCGCUCUACUCGCUCAUGCAUUUUGGUCGCAUGUACAAGUCCGGCCACAACAUCAUCCGCAUGUUCUUCUUCCACGUUCAGCUCAUCUACAACAUCCUUCAGGUUCUCUUCACAUGGUUCAGUUUGGGUUCAUACUACCUGACGACGACGGUUAUCAUGGAUCUCGUCGGCAACCCGGUCACCUCGGACGACCCUUCGUUGGAGCGCCACGGCUGGCCCUUCGGCGACACCGCUACUCCCAUCGUCAACGCCCUGCUCAAGUACCUGUACCUGGCCUUCGUUAUCCUGCAGUUCAUUCUCGCUCUGGGUAACAGACCGAAGGGUUCCAAGUACACCUACAUUGCCUCUUUCAUCGUCUUCGGCCUGAUUCAGUGCUACAUCCUCAUUCUCUCGGCAUACCUGGUCGUGAAGGCGUUCCAGAAGCCUAUCGGCGAACAGAUCAGCUUGGAUUCUGGUGAAGACUUCGUUGCUAGUUUCUUCGGAGGCACCAAUGCUGCUGGUGUGAUUCUCGUCGCCCUGGUUACUAUCUACGGGCUUAACUUCCUCGCAUCCUUCAUGUACCUCGACCCCUGGCACAUGUUCACCUCGUUCCCUCACUACCUGGUGCUCAUGUCUACCUACAUCAACAUUCUCAUGGUCUACGCCUUCAACAACUGGCACGAUGUAUCAUGGGGUACCAAGGGUUCAGACAAGGCCGAGGCGCUUCCUUCCGCACAAGUCAGCAAGGGUGAGAAGGACGAAGCCGUGGUGGAAGAAAUCGACAAACCGCAAGAGGAUAUUGACAGUCAAUUCGAAUCGACUGUCAAGCGUGCUCUGGAGCCAUUCAAGGAGGAAGAGGAGAUUGAGAAGCCCGACGUCGAAGACUCGUACAAGUCUUUCCGUACCGGUCUGGUUGUGUCAUGGCUUUUCUCCAACACCUUCUUGAUCAUUAUCAUCACGAGUGAUAACUUCAACUCGUUUGGCAUUGGCAAAUCCGCAUCCUCGCGUACCGCCUCCUACUUCAGCUUUUUGCUGUACGCCACCGCUGUUCUCUCCCUCGUCCGUUUCUUCGGUUUCCUGUACUUCCUGGGCAAGACAGACAGGCGCUCCAAAAACCUUGCCGAUGUUCUGAACCAACAGGCGGCUAAGGUAGCUGCGGAAAGCGGGUCCGGCAAAAGACCGGUUGAACCAGGCUCCUAUCUUAUCGCGAAAUCGGUCAAGAUGUUAAAGAUCUGGUCUAUGAAGAAGGAACAGCAAAAGGCUGAAAAUGCCGACGCUGCAGGUGGCAAGAAGAAGAAGGUGACGGCUGCUCAGUUGCGGGUGCAAAAAGAUCUGUCGGAGCUUUCUCUCGGCUCGACAAUGAAGACAGACUUCCCCGACCCCGACGACAUCCUCCACUUCACCCUGACGAUCGAGCCGGACGAGGGCAUGUACCGCACGGGACGCUUCAACUUCUCUUUCGACAUCAACCAGAACUUCCCUCACGAGCCGCCAAAGGUUCGCUGCAAGGAGAAGAUCUACCACCCCAACAUUGAUCUGGAGGGCAAGGUCUGCCUGAACAUUUUGCGUGAGGACUGGAAGCCGGUACUGAACUUGAAUGCCGUUAUUGUCGGACUGCAGUUCCUCUUCCUCGAGCCGAACGCCUCGGAUCCCCUGAACAAGGAAGCCGCCGAAGAUCUCAGACUCAACCGGGAGGGCUUUAAGCGCAAUGUCCGGACGGCGAUGGGUGGUGGUACCAUCAAGGGGGUGAGCUACGACCGUGUGCUCAAGUAG